AUGCCUUUGGGGAAAAAGGUUCGCUCUUCUUCAGCUUCGGGAAGAUUAGAGACUCAACAUGUACACAGCAUCCUCUCAGAACUGAGUGGUUUAGAGGAGAGGACAAGAAACACAUCUGGGCUGGGAUAUCGGGAUGAGAAAGCAGAUGAUUCUUCAGUACCAAGACAACUGACUGACAGCGAGGAUGGAAAAGAACAGCCUGACUGGUUGGUGAAAGAGCUGCUCAAACAGAGCAGACGGAGGCACUCUGUCACACUCGGAGAUAAUGAGAAAAUCACGAGACAGCAAUAUUACCUCAUCAAUUCAACUUACAACCUCAAGAUUGAUGAGAAAAUAUCACUUGAGACCCUUGAGAAACUGAAACUAGCAUUUGAGGAAUUUGAAUCAGGUGGAUUGAGAUACAUUGAUGUGGCCAAAUUUGGACCUAUGAUGAAGAAGUGUUUGGAUUUACCUAAUGCAACCUACAUGGAGAUUCAAGGGUUAUUUAAGAAGAUUGAUUAUUUAGGCAAAGGGACGAUUUCAUGGGGUGAGUUCUGCACAUACAUGCUGCAGCAGUAUAAAGGGCAGGAGGAAACUGCAAGACGCAACAACCAGGUGGCCUUCAUUCUGCCAGCCACCAUGAAUUCCUUUAAUCACGGGAUUCCUAUCGUCAACAUCCAGUCUACUCAUGAUGGCACCAUCGUAACAGUGCGAGAAGACGGGUGUGCUUGCCACUGGAGUCCUGAACUUAAACCCCAGAAGACCAAACACCUGUUUAAUGAAGAUCCAACAAAUACAAAGUCAAAAUGGGCAAGUGACUUUGCUCUGAUGAGCGAGUACAACAAGCUGAUGAUCGCGACAGGGGACAGAGAGCUCCAGCUUUAUAACCUUUUCUCUCUGGAGCCUUAUUGUCAGAUCAGUGAACUAGAAACAAUACCCCUGACAGUGGACUACAGCUACAAUGGCCAGGAUAAAUGCUGUGUUCUGUAUGGAGACUCUGAAGGAUGUGUGACUAUUAUUUUAAUAUCCUCUGCUGGAGAUACUUUCAGGUUAUGGAAUAAACUGCCAAAGACUGAAACUAUACCUAACAUAUCAAUUAACCAUGCAGUUCUUUCUCCAAACCUGGCUUUUAUUAGAUGGAAGGUUCAUCAUGACUGGGUGACACAGACUGUCUUUAGCAUCUACAAAGGUGUCAGGACCUUUGACCUCUGUCAGAAGCACAGAUUGCUGAUUACUGGAGGCAUGGAUAAACUUAUACGCCUGUGGAAUCCACAUUAUUCUGGAAAACCAACUGGUAUUUUGAAAGGCCACUCUGCUCCUAUCAUCUCCAUCCGCAUCUCCUCAGAAGACAAUCAAAUCUUCUCUGUCUCAACGGACUGCACUGUGAAAAUUUGGCAUCUUCAGGAUCAGUGUUGCCUGUUUACAGCAGACCCCAAAGCAAGCCGGAUUCAUGGUGAUAUUUCUGCAUGCGCAUAUUCCCCUGCAAUGAAGUCUCUGUAUAUUGCAGCGGACUGUAUGACUAUGCUCCCUCUGAAGUUAAGGCAGCGGCUUCACCGCCACUUCACUGUUUCUCAUAAUGAGCCUGUUUUGUGCUGCGGUUACAGUAAGGAGUUUCGUCAGGUAGUCAGCUGCACUGAAGGAUCUGUUGUGAGAGUCUGGGAUUUUGACACUGGGUGUCAACUUUUUGAGUUUGGUGGCUCUCACGAACUGUCUUCUAUCACUUGUUUGACAUUUGAUCCCAAAGGGAGAAGACUCGUCACUGGUGGAAGAGAUGGAUCUUUAAAGAUCUGGAACUUCAACAAUGGUCUAUGCCUGAAGACAUUAAAGAAAGGCAUGGAUGGUGAAUGUCGUGAGGUGUGUGACUGCAUCUUUCUCCAAGUCCACAGGAAUUUCUAUGUGAUGUCAGUGGGAAGGGACCGGAAGAUUGACAUUUACCCAGACAUACCUGAGGAUCUUCAUCAUGUCCAGAGGCCACAGGCUUCAUGGCAGGAUGAUCUGAAAAAUGGCCAUAAGGAUGACAUCCUUUGUAUGGCACAGUGUCCCCCAUCUUUUGUGGCCACUGCCAGCUCUGAUGGCGAGAUUAUAGUGUGGAACGUGGAUUCUGGACGUAUACAGUGUCGGUUUGUUAGUCCCAUUGUAGCUGAACAGCAAGAUGUUAAAGGUCUGGAUACGAGUGUUCCAAGCAUAGUUUUCCUGAAGGAUUCCUAUUUAAAAGAGCUUUCCUCAACUACAGCUCUCCUGUCAUCUGGGGCCGAAGGCUGUGUAAAUCUCUGGAAUGUGCUCGGCAGAGGAAAGUUUGUUAGCAGCUUCAAAGCUUCCAAAUUUCAACAAAAGAUAACAAAACUGGCCAAAGCAGAGAAGGAUGUUCUGCUGUACAUGGCUGACAGAAUUGGUUACAUCUAUGUCUACAGCAUGGAAAAGCUAGACCCUGAGAAGAAAUCACUAAGAGCUGAAACCUUUUGGCGUGCCCACACCAACACAGUUACUGGCCUGCACAUUGUUGACAAUGAUCAAGUGGUGCUUACCUCAUCCACUGACUACACGGUGCGUCUUUGGAGUACACAAGGAGAAUUCAUAGGCACCUUUGGGCAGGCUGAGAGCUGGAGCAUUCACAUUUCUUCAUCUUGGAUUCAUCCUGGUGUCCCCUUUGAGGUUCUGACUGAUCCACUGAGUAUGCCAGAUCAUGAAAUUUUGAAUGUAAAAACAGGUCUAUCUCAUGCAAUCAAUCCCGACAUGACUGAGGAGGAUAGAGGGGAACUAAAGGUGAACUGCAUUAUUUCACAAAAACUUACCUGAGCUGUGCAAGAUACAGUAUCCGCCUUUUUCACUUCCCCUGCAAAAAGAAGAAGAAAAAAGAUGCAAAUUUUGCUGAAAGGAAUAGAAGGCUGGGUGUUACAGAGUUAUAACUAUUCUUAUGGCAAAGACUACUGUACAUAUGCAAUGCAAGUCUUAACUCAGUCUAAGCUGAAAAAAGUGGGAGAUUUAAAUUUAGAGCAAGUGUGUCUUCUUUUGCAUUUCAGACUUUGCGAUGAAAUUGUCAGGCAUACUAACAAGCUAUCGAACCACUCCGCUCUGAAAUGCUUUGAUGCUGUGGCGCCACCACACACCAGUGAACCACCUCACCUCUCCCUCGCUUCUAUUGAUCCUAUCAUAAGCAGCACUGAUGAACUGAGUCAACUGAAAAAAAAAAUGAAACUGUAUUGGCCAGUAUUGGGAAACUGGGUCAUUGCAGCAUCCAAUACUUUUAAAGACAGAACAUGGAAAAUACAGUAGAAUGAAAUAAUAUCAAACAAUUAGGCCUCAUGUAAUCAUAUACAGUUGACUCUCUCAUCAGGAAAAUCAAACCAAGUUCAUUAGACCAACAAAGACAGCACGAGUUCACCCAAAAGGAGAUUUAUAAAAUUUAUGGAAGAUGUGAAGCUGUUCAUAUUCAGGAGGACGCUAGGUCACCUGCUGUUACAAAAAUUAGUUCUGCUCUCAUUUCUAUUUUGAAACACUUUUGAUCUCAUCGCUGACAUAAAGCAAAGUAAGCAAGAAAAGUAGGAAGGAACACUGCUGAAUUUUGACACUCAUGACUUUAAACUGUUAAGAUGACAUUUUCUUCCGUGUCACUGAGUAAACUAAUUUAGCUAUUGAUUUUUUCAAAAAAUACCUUUGUGUUGAACAAACAGAAAAAGAAACAUGCUAAAUUUUAUUUUUAUAGCCUAGUCGAAUAUUAAGACAGCAAACCUCUUAGAAGGUCUGCUGCCCAAAGGAUGAUUAUUUUUCAA